GAAGGGGAGGAGAUGAGCGAAGAGAGCGAGGAGGAGGGCGAGAGCGACGAGAGCGAGAUUUGUGGCCGAGAUGUCGAGGCGGCUCCAAGCAACGUGUCCCGCGAGCGCAAAGAUGCAGCCCGAAGACACGAUGCCAGCAGUGAGGAGCGAGUUCCCCUCACGAAGGACAAGAUCGAAGAGAAGCUUGACAGGCUCCUGAGCAUCCUCUCUCCGCCCCCGACCCCAACGCCACCCGCGGCGCCUGAGCGCCCAGAGGAAACCGCGGCAUAG